AAUGACUGAUGGUUGGCAGGUGGAGCAGCAGAGAAGGAGACACCAGAGCUGACAGGAAAUCACUGUACCUGAGCUCCUUCGUCUCCGCGUCUUCCUACCUCUGUUGUGAGCCUCUCUCAGAAGAUUAAAGAAAAAGAAAGAGCAGCGACAGUAAAAAGGAUCUUUGUCUCCAUGUCUAAAUGCUUGUGCGUGCGUCCGCGGGCUGUGGGUUGAUGUAUGAUGGGAGCUGGACAGCUGCUCCACCGACUCCGGGAGGCUUUUCUUCUGCAGCUGUCGGCCAAGGUGACUCCACAGUCAGCGAUGAAAACACCAGCCGCCAGCUCACGUAACUGGGAGAGCUCCAAAGUAUCCAACCUUACCUCAGUCCUCGCUCUGAACACCGUAUUGUGCGCAACAUGACAUCUCUCUCUCGAGGUUAUGGCUGUGGACCAGAAGAUAAAGAACGUGGUCUUCGGAGAGUUGGGGCCCAAACCAAGAAUAUAAUCGUAUGUUUCAGAGUGAGACAACCAAGGCUGCGGCUGAACUUCUCCUCACGCCCCUUUUACACUUCAGUUUGUUUUGGACUGGAUACGUGAAGCAAUACAGCCAUGGCUCUCCUCCGCCUCAUCCGUGGACCGUUUCUCUGCCUCCUUCUUCAGGUUUGCCUCCUCAGCUGCAGCGCCUGGGCCAAGGUGACUUUGGACAUGAAUGAGACUGCUGAAGUGUACUUGGGCGCCACGGCUGAGAUUCGCUGCAACUAUGAAUUCACCAACGUCGCCAAAGAGCCCAGUUUUAUCAUGAUCCAGUGGUUUGUGCGAGCUGUCGGUAAGUCAAGAAGACGUAUCUCCUACAUGGACAACGAGUUCAACAUCGCGGACAACGAAACGGACUACACGGGUCGGAUCGGUGUUUCCAAAACCGAGCAUGGAGUUUUGCUCACAAUUUCUGACGUGCAGCUUUCAGACAACAGGGAAUUUUUCUGUUCGGUGAACGGGCUGGCUGCCGGCAGUGCUGAGGGCAAGACCAACCUCUCUGUGUUUGCUCCUCCAGAGCCUCCAGUGAUCGAGGGCAUCACUGCUGGAAUAUCUGUGACCAAAGAUGUGCCGUCUAAGAUUGCAUCAUGUGAGGUAAAGAACGGCUUCCCUCAACCCAACAUCACCUGGUACAAAAACGGCCUCUCACUGGAGCCAACAAUAGGACAAAUAAACGUCUUGACCCUGACCUGGAAGACCAAGGACCUCUACUCUGUCCAGAGCACCCUGGAGUACAAGGUGACCAAGGAGGACAAGGAUGCCCAGUUCACCUGUGCAGCGAUCUACUACAUCCCACAGGGCAUCAGGACGACUGAGUCCAACGCCGUCAACAUCACAGUCCACUACCCCACCACCAUGGUGGAGCUGUGGAAGGAGUCUCCUCAGGGCUUGGUGAAAGAGGGAGAUACUGUGGAGCUGCGUUGUCAGGGCGAUGGCAACCCCCCGCCAUCCUUCGUUUUCAGUAGAGUUCAAGAUGUGGAUAACGAACUGAAGAGCAGCGGUGACGUUGUGAUCCUGUCACCAGUCACACGAAAGGACAGUGGCAUCUACCAGUGUCGACCUGUUGGCUUUGACAGAAACACUGAUGUCAAAGGAGAGGUGCAGCUGACUGUGCACUAUUUGGACCCAGUCGUGGUCGUUCCUAAAGAGUCUGAGUUGAUGUUCAAGGGUGAAGAUCUCACCGCCAGCUGCAACGCUUUGUCCUCCUUGAAAACAUCCACCGUCUGGUAUAAGAAUGAGAAGCAAGUGGGCGAGGGAACCACCUUACACAUCCAGCAGGCCACCUAUGAAAUGACUGGAGAGUACACUUGUGUGGUGGCUGUUUCCACCGUGCCCGGGAUGCAAGUCAGCGGCUCCGUCCACAUUAUCGUUCAAGGGGAUCCUCAGCUGGUGGGAGCAGAGGAGGAGGUGCACAUGGAGGAGGCUACAGGCCGCAUGGUGAACCUGAGCUGUGAGGCUUGGGGCUAUCCUUCUCCCAGCGUCUCCUGGAACGUCAUUGGCAGCAAGGAGUGGUAUGAGGUGGUGAGCAAAUCAGAAGAGCACAAGACCCAGAGUGUGGUGUCGGUCAGAGUCACCUCGGACAUCAGCGCUCAGUGCAACGCUAGCAACGACUUAGGCAGUGGCCUCAAGAUCUUCAACGUCAAAGCCAUUCCCAGGGUCACCUCUUCGACUCCCUUCUCUCCAGCCGAGGGCAGCGGGGUGAUCAUCGUUGUGAUCAUUCUGUCUCUGCUGCUGCUGGCCAUCCUCGGCAGCCUUCUCUACUUCCUUCACAAGAAAGGAAAGAUUCCCUGCGGACGUGCAGGAAAGCAAGAAAUCACCAAAGAGAAGACGACCAAAGACGACAUUGUGGUAGAGAUGAAGAGCAGCACGCAGACCGAAGGCACCAUCCUCCUGAAGGCCGUGAACGGAGACAAAAAGGACCCAAAUGAGAAGUAAAAUCACUGUCAGGUCAAGCAUCAGGACACGUUGAAGACAACGAUCAAGUGUUUGCUGGAGAAUGAAAGAGAUAUGAUGGUCCGACUCAUAUAAGAUCUGCAGGAGGAAUGCACUCCAAAGCCUGGACAUUCUCCCAUUAAGAUUUGUUCUCAGCAGUAUUUAGAUGUACGUACACACACACACACACACACACUUGAAUGAUCAUUUUGUUCCUGAAGAUUUACUUUCUUCCUUUGUUUGGAAUGUUCCACAUGGUUUCUGUUCAGUUCCAUGAGUGUGUGGCGACGCACCUUUGCUCUUCAUCCACUCUUUUUGUUCAGUGAAGUGUAAAUAUAUAUAUUUUGUUAUUUAAGAGGUUUUCUGGUGCUCAGAUUUUCAUUUUACAGCACUGUCUGUUCAGAGUUGAGAAGAGUUCAGGAGUAGAAAGACCAAACAUCGGCUGACCUUCAUGACAGAACCACUCACUUGGACCACAUAAAUUAAUUAUAGGCCUUUUUCUGACCUUAUCUGGUAUAUGGACUCUGGGUCACAUUCUCAGCCAUUGAUUAUUAUCAUUUUAUAUACAUCUUGUAUCCUUAUAUCCAGAAUUGAGACAACAAAAAACAGUUGAAAAAGGUCCAUGUUUGGUAUCCAGGGGCCAAUAUUCUACACAGCCUAAAAUAGAGGUCCAAUAAAAGUUGGCAACAAGUGGCCCGCCCUGACUGGAUACAAGAUCUGGGCUAUAAUGGGUUUGGUUAUGUUAUUGAUUCUGGCCAUAUCUGGCUUUCAAGUGUAGGAGUGGGCUACAGUGAACCAGACCAACAGCUUUUGUUUUAUUCAGGCUUAGAUGUUGCAUAUGAUCAUACGUCCAGUUAUGGGCCACGACAGGCAAAUUAUUUUUUACUAUUCGUAGACCAAGUGACCAAUUAUGCUCUGUGAGAAUAAGGUCUUUAAAAGGCGUUUGUUUUUCUGGCACCACAAUCUGACAAACUACUGUCUUUUUUCCUUUUCCCAUUUGUAAAUACAUUGGUGUUGAGACCAGCUAGAGGUGACCGUGAAAGAAGGUCAGAGGUCGGUGAGCUGCUGUGUCUGUUUUUGAAUUGCUUCAUACACUGAAAUAUUUUUGUUGUUUUUCUUGGUUUGUUCUCAGUGUCUGUUCUAUGUAUAGAAUGUAAAACUAAAAAAAAAAGUUUUUCUACAUUGCCGCGAUGACUUGCAACAGCGUUAUCACAGUUGUGACAUGUUUUUUUGCUCAUGUUUUUGUUUCAGAGUUUAGAUGUUUCAGAAGUGUCCAGGAACAGAUUCUCCUCAGGCAAAAAUGUUUGACAAGGGUUUGAUAUUUUGCCGCCUUUACUGUUCAGAAAAAGGUUCAACUACAUCUGUAUUGAUUUGAAAAGUCAUUCUGCUUGUCAAGAGUUUUUUUUUUUUGUGAUAUUUUAACCAAUGGGAAAACACUUUUAAAAGUCACCAUUGCAUUUUCUGUUCUGAAUGUGUGUAAAUUGAGUACACCAUUUAUUGCUUCUGUCUUUUUAUAUUUUUUUCAAGAAAAUGUUGCCAAAUAAAAGUUCCAUUUGGAAAAUGCG